CUGCCACAUCUAUUAAUCCUUUCUUGGAAAUCGGGACGAAGCCAGAAACGUCGAGAAGUAGACUGAAGAGAAUCUCUUUCGCAACUGCUACACCAUGGCUAGGGUUCCCACCAAGCAUGAUCGCGUUCAUCAACUGACUGUUUGUGCUGCCAGGAUUUCGAGGGAUUUUUAAAUAACUUGCAGGAUUGGGAACUUUCACUCAAAGAUAAAGACAAGAAGCUCAAAUCACAGCCUGACAUGGAGAAGAUGGAACCUAUAAAGAUGAAAAAUGCUUCAAGUAAUUCAUCCACCCUUGGAGUUAAUGGAAGAUCACACGAAACAAAAGAGCCUGGAAGCGGAAAUUCACAGAAGAUUGGAGUGGUUGGUGUUGAUAGAAGAAAUACACCUGUAAAUCACCCAAGUACAAGUAUUGCCAGAGACGAGAAUUACCUGAAAAAAUAUGAUACGGUUAGCCAGUUAUCUAGUGGUUUCAUGGCAGAUGACAGUUCUGUAGAUGCUAACUCCGAGAAAGAGCUGGGCAAUGAUUUCUUCAAGCAGAGAAAAUAUAAAGAAGCAGUGGAGUGCUAUUCCAGGAGUCUUGCUCUCUCACCAACUGCAGUAGCUUAUGCAAACAGGGCAAUGGCAUAUCUUAAACUCAAAAGAUUCCAGGAAGCUGAAGACGAUUGCACGGAAGCCUUAAAUUUGGAUGACCGGUACAUUAAAGCGUACUCAAGACGUUCAACGGCUAGAAAAGAACUUGGUAAACUUAAAGAUUCCAAGGAAGAUGCAGAUUUUGCUUUGAGGUUGGAGCCGCAUAACCAAGAGAUUAAAAAGCAGUAUGCAGAGGCAAAAUCUUUGUAUGAUAAGGAACUUCUUAAGAAGGCAUCUGCAUCGUUGAAAGGACCAACACAAGGGGAACUCAAGGAAUUGAAGUUAGAUAAAAGUACAAAACGUACACCGAAAAUUUCUGAAACCACAAGAGUUACUGCAACUAAAACAGAGAGCCCAGAGAUCAAUAAGAAUGUUGGCAAGAAAGUUGCAAAAGAGUCGGUUCAACAACUUGCGGCUCGAGCAGUGUCUCUUGCCACUGCCGAAGCUGCAAAAAACAUUGUCCCUCCAACCUCCGCUUAUCAGUUUGAAGCUUCUUGGCGAGGAUUCUCUGGCGAUCCUACUCUACAGGCUCGACUCUUAAAGGCCACGGAUCCUGUUGCCUUACCACAGAUCUUUAAAAAUGCUUUGUCAGCAUCGCUCUUAAUUGAUAUAAUCAGAUGCGUCGCUACCUUUUUCAGUGAUGAAACUGAGCUAGCAGUCAGAUAUUUAGAAAACCUGCCAAAGGUGUCGAGAUUCAAUACAAUCAUCAUGUGUCUCUCACCUGCAGACAAAUCAGAUCUCCAAAGAAUUUGGGAUGACGUGUUCUGCUCAAAGGAAGUUGCACCAGAGAUUCUUCAACAGCUACGCCCAAAAUACUGUUGUUAGAUCGUUUAACAUCCACCAAAUUUUACCAUAAUCUAUAUUAUUGAGAUUCUAUACAAUGAAUGCAUGCUCUUGUGGUGUGUUUUAAGUUCGCUUAAUGCCUCGUGUCAUUGCAUAAACGUGUUUAAUUUGAAGUGGUUGGAAGUCAAACAAAAAUUUACAAGCUGUAUUCGUUUUUU